AUGAUGGCCCAAAGAGCCUGGACAGUAGUGGCGGUGCUUGCAGUGACGCUGCCUCAUGCCACUUUUGCAUUCGCGCCAGGAAACCCCCACAGGCGAAGUUGUCUGCACCCGAAACUGUUGUUUGUGCGCCUUUCAGUGCAACAACAAUCGAACGAAAACACAAAGGACAAACUAGAACUAGCAGGUGACGACGAUACUGUCCAGCUAGGAACGCAGGAAUACUAUCAAGGAUUCGUUUCGCGGUCCCUGGACGAAGAACCCGUGGAACGUGUGACAGGAGAUGCCGUCUUGGGGCCAACCUUCAAGUUUGUUGGUGGAUUCGCAGUGGUCCUAGUUGGGCUUGUUCUAGGUUUCAUGGCGAGCAAUGGAUUACUCUAG